AAACGAAAUCCCGGAUUAGUCGCCGUCGGUGCAAUCCCAUGUGAAGAUCGGAGUAAAGCCACAGGAAUUUGCACACGGGAGACGGCACGAUCGCGCGCAAACAACUUUAAAGACGAAAGUCGAGAUGCGUCUUUUGGAUAAAUCGAACAAACCGCACGCCGAUAAAGGCCCGCCACCGCAGAUGGUCGAUGUUCCAAUCGAUCCACCAUGUUGCGUUGUGUUGACGGAUUCGAGGAUUCGAAAUAUAGGCGCAACAUCCAAGUACAGGACGCAGUCGAGCGUGUGCUGCCAUUCGAGCUUUUGUGCACGGCACAAAAACAUUCUCCUGAUGACUGGAGCGAUUUCGAUCUUAUUGAUUAUCCUUCUUCUGACGAUCGCCAAUCUCACGUUUUCCAUAAUGUCCGAGCACGACGCUCGCAAUACUUCUGCAGUUCCCGUUCAACCGGAAGCACGCGUGAAGCGAGCGAUCAGGCCGGGCUUUCCUCGCGACGGAAGAUCAUUGUUGAAGUCCCGGGCGCGACGGACGAUCGAUGGCAGCUCAUCCUUCAGCGAUCAGACGCGGGUGCUUACGAGCCGGAUAACGCGAGUUGCAGAAGCUGCAGCUGACGACGUGCCAACAAUAAACGGGCGACACGUCGGCGCGCAUCUGAUCAAGCGGGAGCUAUCUCGCAAGCGGAGAGAUUGCGAUCUGAGCGCGAAGCACUGCGAGAAUUUGUUGCAGGCGGUGCAAAGCCAGCUCGAGAUGCUCAGCAAUAAGUUCCCGGCGACAAACGGCGGGAAAUCGUUGCCCACGGAUAUUCUCAAGUGUCUCGAGUGCGCGAAAAUAAUAAAGCUGAACAUUGCGGAUGAGAGCGACGAGGAUCACGCGGCGUCGCGAUCGAGGGACCGAUAUUUCCCGUACGAUUACGUUUCCGAGCCGAAUCGCUCGAGCGAUUACGGCACCACCGUCAUUAAGCUGCUCGAUGACAAGGCAGCCGAGAGCGGUGGCGCGAAGCGGCCGACUCAAGUCAAUCGGACGGAAGCGGCGAAAAUCCAGGCGGCGGCGGCGGACGACUCGGUUACGGACGGUCAAUUACGAGACGUCACGAAUCAAUCAUCGGCGAACACCACCGGUGUAUCGGAAACCAGCAGUACCGUAACAAUUGAUCAUACGAAUUCCGAUGAAAGCCAACAGACAGAAGCUGCAUACGUGAACGGACGCGCCGACAGUGACAAUUCGGGCGUCCGCGGUGACAAACGGCCGGGCGGUAAUUCAACUGUCGACGACUCGCGGAUGAUAAAGAUGCAAACCGACGGCGUGCAGUCGAGGAUCGACCAGCAGCAGCAACUCCGUGUAACAAUCGAGGGCAAAGGUAUCACGAGCGUGAGGCCGCGGCCGUCCGCGAUGAUGGAGUCGAGCACCACGCGGUAUAGCGCUAUUACGGUGCGGGAUAGCGAGCGAUUCGUUGGAACCACGAUCGCGGCUGAUGCGAUGGGAACAAUCGAAACGGGAACACGGGCCAUCGUCGAUUUUACGAAGCAGAUUACUGAAAACGUGACGAGUUUGCCGGCGGGAUCCGACGUGACCGGAAUCGACGGCGCGGGCGGCGGCGUCACGGUGAUGCAGCAGCCUUCGGUGCGCCCUUCGCUUGAGGGACACCCCGAGAAUCGAUCGGACGCCGCAGCGAUGAAUGGAUCGAGAUCGAUGGAUCAUCAUCGCGCUUACAAGCAGUUCAUGCAGCCGGUCGACAAUUCUCUCCAGACGAAGGACGACGUCAAAUCCUCCAUGAUGCCGGCGGUGAGCACGAAAUCCUUUCAGCAGCUGCAACUGAAUCCCACGACGUGGUCGAUGCCGCAUCCGGUCUGCUUCUUCGGCUAUCCCGGCCAGCCCGCCGCCGGUGUGCCCGCGUCGCUGUCACCGGCGUCGUCGGCGGCGUUUUACCCGGCCUCCUCCUCCUCCGCCGCGCAAGGUCGCGGAUUUUCGUUCCAGAAUCCGUCGUCUCACCAGGCCUCCCCCCCGUUGCUGCCGAACAUGCAGGUGCAGGCGAACACGGUGCAAUUUCUGCCCGGCAGACCUAACUACGUCGGCGGUCUGGCGCCGCCGACGGGACCAGGCGUCGGCCCCACGGGACCCGCCGUGUCGAACUUCCCGUCGAUCUUCCCGCUGAAUCAGCAGCAACCCGCGGUUAUGUCCCAGCCGCAGCAGCAGCCAGUCGCAAACAUGCCGUAUUUUUGCGGCUAUAUGUCACUGCCGACCAUCCGCUUCCCGCCGAUCCCCGGCACGUCGCAAUUCGACCGUUCAGCCGACGAAGCGAAAGACUCGCUGUUAAAAGAAUCACAAAAACUACCGCACGGCGGUGUUAUCGUGCGACCUGAUCCCACCUUAUCUUUACAGCCCACGUUCAACAAAUGUCCUGUUAAUUAUCGUCAGUGCGAUAAUUCGCAUUGCAUACCAAGGGUGAAAUGGUGCGACGGCCGUGUUGAUUGCAGCGAUGCCAGCGACGAGACGAAAUGCUCAUGCAGAGAUCGAAUAUUACGAGACCGACUCUGCGACGGUUACUUUGAUUGUCCACAUGGAGAGGACGAACUCGGUUGUUUUGGCUGCCCAAAGGAUCAUUUCAGUUGCGACGACUGGGACAGGCGUGAUAACAGCAACAAUUGCGUUUCACUUUCGCAACGUUGCGACGGGAUAAUGCAAUGUCCUAAUGGAAAGGAUGAGGUCGACUGCAAUACGCUUCUAGAAUACAUAGGUCCAAACGAUAUCUUUUCGGUUGGUUACACCCAAGGGUACCUGCACAAGAAUGUACGAGGGCAAUGGUAUCCCGUUUGCUCGAAGUCAUUUACUUGGGCAGAGGAUGCCUGCGAAUCGGAAAUCGGUCGGCCGCUAACGACGAUGCCGGAGAUGCAAAUCAUGCGUGUGUCUGAGGAGGCCUAUCAGGAUCUUUACGUGAUAGAAUCUGGCACUGAUGAGAUCAAGUUGACGUCGUGUCCGGGUACAGCGGUGUACGUCAAAUGUCCGCCGUUACCUUGCGGCACGAAAGCCCUACCGCGUCAGACUUUCUCCAACGCGACGAAGUACAAGUACAUGACCAGAAGACACGCGGAGGAACAAUCCGCCGUGGAGCUCGCGGAAUUUAACAAGCUCUACCAGCAGACGCUGGGGCUGCUGAACGCGAGUCAAUCGGUGUCCGGGACGAAGGUGCAGGAGCAGAACGACACCCUCGUUGGGUCGCAAUCGCGAGUGGUCGGCGGCCGGGCGAGUCAGCCCACAGCUUGGCCCUUCCUGGUCGCGAUUUACAAGAACGGCAAUUUCCAUUGCGGCGGUGUUAUCCUCAGUGACGUUCACAUAAUCUCCGCAGGUCACUGCAUGGACGGAUACCAGGAACAUUAUUACGAGAUACAAGCCGGUACGCUCAGGCGAUUUUCAUUCUCACCGAUGGCGCAGUGGAGACGGGCGAGAUACGUGAUUAUUCAUCCUGGCUACGUGAAACGGGACAUGCAGAACGACUUCGCGGUGAUUAAGUUGGACAGACCUCUCCUUUUCAAUCGAUGGGUCCGCCAGGUUUGCUUACCAACGUCAAACACCGCUGGUCCCGAAUGGAAAGAGGGCCCGUUACCGCAGUCCAUGUGCGUCGCUAUCGGAUGGGGUGCCGUAACAGAAGAUGGACCAGAGCCGGAUCAUUUGCGGGAAGUGAAAGUACCAAUUUUACCAUCGUGUAAACAUUUGGUCGAUCGGAACGAAGCUUCGAUCUGCGCGGGAUAUCCUGAGGGUGGCCACGAUGCAUGUCAGGGCGACAGUGGUGGUCCCUUAAUGUGCAGAAAUCCGAAUUUAGAGACACAGUGGUACGCGGCGGGCCUGAUCAGCCACGGGGACGGAUGCGGACGUCCGGACGAGCCCGGUGUUUACAUGAAAAUAAGUUACUACUUGGAUUGGAUUCUGCAGGCGUUCGAAACCUUAGAUAAUCACGCGACGUAUGGAAAUCAACCCUUGGAUUCGUGUCCAGGAUUCAGCUGUCACUCAAGCUCGGGAAAGUGCUUGCCGAUACAGAGCCGUUGCAAUGGCGUUGUGAAUUGUUUAGACGCAGAAGAUGAGAUCGGAUGCGGAUUUUUAACGAACAACUAUGCGAGUUACAGGAACUCCAAUAAUACAUCUGCAAAACCGCAAACGGAUGGAGUGUCCAGUGAUACCACAGAAAAAAAUACAGUGAGCACGGAAGCAAUUCCUAUUUCUACUUCCCCCUACUUCUUCUAUCAGACCGAGUCGCAGACUCGCGAUAACGAAAAUACCGAUAAUUCAGAUACUGUGGAUGUCUACGCGACAACGCCCGAAACGAUAAUGCCGAGCGUUAGAUUGACGUUUACUUGCAGAAACCUGAUUCAAACUAUAACGAUCAACAAAAGAUGCGACAAGCACUUGGACUGCGAAGACGGCACCGACGAGGAGGACUGUACAUGCAGGGAUUAUCUGUCGAAUCUCCAAUCCGUGGCGAUUUGCGACGGACAUUUGGACUGCGACGACGAAACGGACGAGAAAGAUUGCGGUCUAUGCAAGAACACCGAAUUUUACUGCAGCAGGAGCGGCGGUUGCAUCCCGAUGACGAGGAGAUGCGACGGGAAUUUCGAUUGCCCUCUACGGGAGGACGAAGUUGACUGCCUUACAUUGACUGAUGGGGAGUACGUAAAUAUGGAUAGCGACGAUCGGCCGAUUUUGAACACAGAGGGUUUACUCAGUAGAUACUACAACGGAACGUGGCACGUGGAAUGUCCCCAGGCGGACAUAUUGGAGAACGGCACAGUAACGUCGACAAUUGGUGGGAACUUGUGCAAAUAUCUUGGAUUCCAGAGUUUGCAGUCGUUUGACAAGAUCGUCGUGAACGAAACGGAGCUGGAGACUCGGAGGUGGGACAGCGCGGCGGGUUACGUACUUUCGCCGGAGCACGUCGUUGCGGCGAGUGAGGGAAGCGGCGAGACGUGUACGACGCUACGGUUCCGCUGCAGACCGGUUCUGAGCAGCAGCGCCGACUCGCAUCUGGUCGUCGAUCCGAGAACCGGAAACCAUACCUACCUGUGGCCGUGGCUCGCGGCCAUCUUCGUCGACGGCCGUUACCACUGCUCGGCCUUACUCCUGGAGCCAGACUGGCUCCUGGCCAGCUCGAGUUGCACGGCAGCUAUUCGAUUGUCAGUGAACUACACGACAGCUCUGCUCGGUCAAAGCCGCUCGUUUCUCUACGUGGACGGACCUCAUCAGCAAGUAUCGGUCGUCGACGAGAUCAGAGACGUGAAAUUAUCGGACGUCUCGUUGCUUCACUUGAAAACUGCGGUGAAUUUUACUCGCUACGUGCAGCCGCUGUUCCUAGAGAAGAGAAUAUAUCCACCGGCGAAAGACGAUUUAUGCGUGGCAAUCGGCACAAACGACGAACACGUGACGCAAUCGAUCUUUCUUCAACCGAUUCUCCAAAAUUGCGACAAGUGCUAUCGUUGUUUCGUCGAAGCUUUAGGAUCGUUUAGCAUCAAAUGCCCGGUCAAUGGAACUUCGUCGAAUUGGAGCGGAACAGUGUUUUGUCGCGGCGAGAAAGGAUGGUAUCCCGCGGCUGUGUUUCAGGAAAACGGCGGCCUGUGCGGCUUCCGAACCGUGCGGAACUUGACGAGCAUCGAUUACAUCCAUGCCUAUCUCACGCAAGCUUUGGAGGAAGCGCCGCAAUCAACACCUGAAGUCACAUGCGACGGUGUUCGAUGCAAUAUCGGACAAUGUAUCCCUAAGAAUCAAGUAUGCGACGGUGUGGUAGAUUGCCGAGACGGCGCCGACGAGGAGAGUGAAAUGUGUCUACAAAUGCAACAGAUCAGAAGAACAAACGGAUCCAACGACAAAUGCGCGAGGUCGGAGCUGCGAUGCAGAAACGGCGAGUGUGUCACCAAGAGUGCAUUUUGCGACGGCAAAGUGGAUUGCUCGGACGGAACGGAUGAACCUACAGUAUGCAGCUGCGCGGAAUAUUUAAGACUUACUGCGCCUGAACGCUUAUGCGACGGGGUGCGACAUUGUCUCGACAAGACCGACGAGUCGCUAAAAGCGUGUCAAUGCACCGAAACCAGCUUUAAAUGCAACACAGGAAGCAGAAAUAUUACCUGCAUCUCGCAAGAUUUCGUGUGCGACGGCGACAGUGAUUGUCCGAAUGGCGAGGACGAAACGAAAUGCAGAAAGGUGCAGGAGACCGCAGACGGCAGAUUUGCCGCGGGCGAGGUGAUACAACGAUCCUACGGCGUGUGGCACACCCUAUGCUAUCCGUCAGUGAUAAAGUCAAACGAAGAGGCGGCGAACGUGUGCCGAAGCAGCGGCUACACGGGCGGAAUUAUCGAUUACGAAUAUCAACUUGCCAACGAAUUCGUCGUUCCGACUCGCGAUGAUUUCUACAUGGUACGAUUAAAUCCGGGCACGUGGAUAACCAUGCGCGACGAUAAACCGCUUGUAACUUUGAUCCAACCUGAGAAACCCUGCUAUCGUCUCGUCGUCAAGUGCAAAUAGUCAAAUAUAUGUAAAUCGUUUACAAAUUUUAGCACGUUAUUAAGAUAACUUCAUCUCAACGUCUUGUUCAUAAUCUGACAGUCUAAAUGUAAGAGAUCUUUUUUUAUCUUGAAAGAAAAUAAUGAUUUGUAGAAGACACACAAAGUAUCAUUAAGUUUUAUAUAUUAGAGAUUAAUUUAUUCAGUUUUAGUAGAAAAAUUACAAUGUACGAGCAAAGCGAGUCGAUUACGUUAGAAAUAAUUCUUUAUUAAUCGAACAAAUAAUUAAGCUCAUCAUUCUCUGUUUGUAAUUUUUGAAUAAAACAUUAAAUAAGUUUACAUGAAAAA